UGUGACGACAUUUUCUGUAACUCUCGUUCAUUCUGUUUCGUUUUUUUUUUUGGUAUCUUUUCAGUUGCAUUCGUCGGCAACGAGCUGGUGACGAGCGUUCGUGGUGAGGAGUGUGGCCAGGAGGAGUUCACAAAAUGUGCUGAGCCUCUGGAAAUGCUACAUUUAACCUCCGAGUUUUCCAUCGGCCCUGCCAAGAAGGACGAACUGGAUAAACUUUGCAAUGAAUUAAAAAAAGGCGUCCGUUGCAUACAAAGUUAUACGCGGCGCUGUAUGCCGCUACAGCAAAGAAACCAGUUCAAUAAGUUAUAUCAUGGCACAAAUCAAUUCAUUCGUGACUUGUGUAUUAAGGGGGAAUUCCAGGAUGAGUAUCUAAAACAUGCGCCCUGCUCGGAAAUGGCCAAAAAAGAAUUUGAGGUGUGCGCCAAUCGUUAUAAGGAGACAAUGGUUUUCCUGAAGCCGAAUAAGAAUCAAGAAAGUCACGAGAAUAUUACUUUAAAUGAAAAUAUAAAAACCAUCUGCUGUUCAAUUAAUGAGUUAGUUGAUUGUUCAGAGGAUGCAGCGCGUAAAAUAUGCGGCCCCGAUGCAGCGAAAUUCACACGCGAACUGGUUGAUAAAUAUGCGAAUAGCUUAACUAAGCUCUACUGCGAGGACUUCACUCGACAUCCUGAAAUGUGUCACGAUGGCCUCAGUGAUGAUGGUGUGCCUCUGCAUCAGUCCCGAUUUGGUCGUUCGCUUGCGAUUAUUAUUUCAGGCAUAGCUGUAGCCUCGCUGGGAUCACAUUAUUGGAGCAGAUAGAUUAAGAGUAUGGAGCCAUAAAAUUACAAAAAUCUUACUUUGCUGCAAUUUGUUUCGACGCAGCCAUCAUUUACAAAAUCAUUAUUUUUUACUCGUAUUUAUUAUUUUAUUUGUUUAUGUUUUGAGAGCAACGAAUUUUUGGUGAGUGCGCAUUAAUAUACAUGCCUUUGUGGGUAGAAAUUAAGGUACGAAUUUGUGAAAUAUUAUGCGUUAAAUGAUUGCACUACUUAACGUCUGUAUUACAUUUAGAGAAAACAUUUUGAAUUAUAUUAAUAAUAAAGCAUAAUGAAGUUAAUAUUAUAGUUAGUAGGUCAUUAACAGAGAAGGUAGUUUAGUGAAAAUUUAAACUGUGUUGCUAUUACGAAAAUUUAAGGGUGCAAUUCAGCUCAACACACAAAAUUAUCUCAACACAAAUAUUUAGAAUUAAAAACAAAAGACCGAAAAUUAAUACACACACACACACACACACACACAUAUAUAAAAGUAUUUGAAAUGUUAGAUUUAGUGUAAGAGCAUGCGUAGAAUACAUUCGUACAUAAAUAUGUAUGUAUUUACAUAUAUUGAAUUUACUCGUAUACUAGUUAUGCACUUGUUUAUUAAAUCGAUAUGGAUACAUUGAAAUUUACUUAUUAUAAUUAAAAAAAUAACACACAAAAAGACUUCUGGCAAAUGAAGUAUUUUAUUAGAAUUAAAGAUGAAUUAAAAGGAGCAAUAAAUACAUACAUAAAUAUAUCUGCUACUUAUGUACUAUUAUUUAGUUUAUAAAUAUUUUUCCAACUUUUAUUAGCACAAGUAAGAUUUGUGAAAUUGCAUAUCACUGUUUAAUUAUAAUUAUAUUUUAAGUAUUUACAUACAUACAUAUGUAUAUACAUACAAAUUGAAUAAAAAUUUUAGUUAUAAGAUCGUGGAAUUUUGAGCACACUGCAAUUAAAUAAACAACCUUUGUGAUUCACUUAAAUUGAAUUUAA